AUGGCCGACACAGACAACCAGGUGAGUGGAUUUGUUGACUCCACGCCAGCUCCAAACCCCAGAGCUUUGCUUUUGGCCGAAAGAGCCAAGGGCCAGUUCGACCCUAACAAAAUGCACAUUUUCUUGGAGGAGACCGCUGAAAAGUCGAGACUGUUCAAGAGACUCGUGCAGCAGCUCGACAGAGACCCAAUCUUGGCCACUGGCAACAAGUACUACGACUUGACCAAGGACCAGCAGAGAGAGAACACUGCGGUAAGAAUUGCUCGCUUGGCUCAGUACAUCGAGAAUGACUCCCAGGAGACUUGGAAUCAGAGAGUGUCGCUCUUGAGUGUGCUUGACCCUCAGACCGGUACCCGUAUUGGUGUUAACUUGGGCUUGUUCUUGGGCUGUAUCCGCGGUAAUGGUACUUUUGAGCAGUUGGACUACUGGGCCAAGAAGAAGGAGACAGGCCAGUUGAAGGGCCUCUACGGAUGUUUCGGUAUGACCGAAUUGGCUCACGGAUCUAACGUUGCUGGUUUGGAAACCACUGCUACUUUUGACAAGGAAACCGAUGAGUUCAUCAUUAACACCCCUCAUAUCGGUGCCACCAAGUGGUGGAUUGGUGGUGCUGCUCACUCGGCUACCCACUGUGCUGUCUACGCCAGAUUGAUCGUUGACGGCAAGGACUAUGGUGUCAAGACAUUCGUCGUUCCUUUGAGAGAUGCUGACCAUAACUUGAUGCCCGGCGUCACUGUGGGUGACAUUGGUUCCAAGAUGGGCAGAGAUGGUAUUGACAAUGGCUGGAUCCAAUUCUCUUCUGUCAGAAUCCCAAGAUUCUUCAUGUUACAGAAGUUCUGUCAGGUUUCCAGAGAAGGUAAGGUGAACUUGCCACCUUUGGAGCAAUUAGCCUACUCUGCUUUGCUUGGCGGUAGAGUUUCUAUGGUGAUGGACUCCUUCAGAUGGACUGCUCGUUUCGCCACCAUUGCUCUUAGGUUCGCCAUUGGUAGAAGACAAUUCAAGUCUGCCUCGCAGGCCGAUGGCACCGAAACUCAGUUGCUUAACUACCCAUUGCACCAGAGAAGAUUGAUCCCAUUCUUGGCUCAGGCUUACGUUUUCAGUGCUGGUGCUUGGAAGUUGGAGCACACCAUCAAGAGCACCUUGGACACUUUGGAUGCUGCCGUGGCCGCGGGCGACAUGGGUAAGAUCAUGAAGUCUGUGAACGACAUGAAGUCCUUGUUCAUCGACUCCGCUGCUUUGAAGUCCACCUCUACUUGGUUGUGUGCUGACGCCAUCGACCAAUGUAGACAGGCAUGUGGUGGUCUUGGCUAUUCUUCUUACAACGGUUUUGGUAAGGGUUACGCUGACUGGGUCGUCCAAUGUACUUGGGAAGGUGACAACUCCAUUUUGGCCAUGUCGGUCGGUAAGCCAUUGAUCAGAGCCGCUGUUGAGGUGUUGAAGACUGGUAAGAAGCAAAAGGGCUCUGUUGCCUUCUUGAACGAAGCAAAGGAGUGGGCCAACGACAAGCUUGUCUUCCAGACCGCUGACGAGUUGCUUGAGCCAAAGAACACUUUGAAGGCUAUUCAGGUUUUGAUGACCAGAGUUGCCCUCAACGGCGCCGAGGUCUUGAAGGAGAACAACGGCAACUUCGACGCUGUCGGUGCCCCAUCUUUGGUUCUCUCCAAGUUGAAUGCUCACUUCUACCACUUGAACGAAUUCUACAGAAGAAUCGAAACCAACGAGCACAAGGAGUUAAACUCUCACUUGAUCUUAUUGGGCAAGUUGCACGCUGCCAGCUUUGUGUUUGAGAAGUUUGGUGGUGAUCUUUUGAGCAACAACAUUGUGCCACCAGCUGUGCUCAACGAAGUCGUCAACAAGAAGCUCCCUGAGUUGUGUAAGCAGAUCAGACCCAACGUGGUUGCCUACACCGACUCGUUCAUGUACUCUGACACCUUCAUCAAUGCGCCAAUUGCUCGUUACGACGGUAACAUCUACGAGAACUACUUCGACACUGUGAAGAAGAGCAACCCACCAGAGAACACCAAGGCUCCUUACAGCGCCGCUUUUGAGACUGCCUUGAACAGAGCUGCUCUUGAAGAGAGAGAGAGAGGUGACAAGAGUGCUGCUGCCGCUGCCCUUUUAUCCAAAUAA